AUGAAUGGCCGUGUUGGUAGCGUCAGUGAUGCCAUCAGAGGAAAUGCUUAUGGAAAUCGUGAUGAGGACGGACAGAAGCACCGCUUGGUUGUCUUUGAUCUCACCAUAGAUGUCUCGCAGAAGCAGAAAAGGAAAACUACAACUCAGAGAAGGAUAAAAUGGUUUAAACUAAAGGAAAAUGAUUUCCAACAAGAGUUCAAAGACCGAAUUCUAAGAGAGCUGAGCCACGAUAUGGUAGAUGUGAACACCUGGCGGAAUGAUGCAAACAGUAUUAUAUUAAGAGCUGGAAAGGACAUACUGGGUGAGAAUAGUGGAAAGAUAUGGGAAAAUAUGGAAGUUCGGUGGUUUAAUGAAGAAGUGCAAGAGAAAGUGAGUGCUAAGAAGAAAGCCAAGACAAAAUGGGAAGAAAGUAAACUAGAUGAAGACAGAGCAGCAUAUAAACAAUGUUGCAGGGAAGCUACGAAAGCAGUUGCCGUUGCAAAAUCAGAAGCAUACGACCAUAUGUAUAAACACUAA